UUUUGAUUCAUUUGUCAUGUUGAAGUAUUUAUCACAUCUUUACAGGAUGUGUCCUUAGCUGGAGUUCCUGGGUAUGUUGUAUUGGACCAGAACUUGUGGAAGGGUCUUCUACGGGCUCCGACCCCCUGGUGGACAACAUGGGAACAAGACCAGACUGGCGCAGGGUGAUUCACUGGGCCAAUGAGUCAAUCACCAACUGCUAUAAAAAGGGAGAAUCCUGCUUGAGUUUCUCAAUGUGCACAUCAAUACACUAGAGAAAGAUGCAACCUUCCCUGAUCUUUUGCUCCAUCUUAAUGGCAUUCCUGGUGGCCCUUACCAUCAGCCGACCCACAGCCACAGUGGAUAAGAUCCGGUUCAUGGCCCGAACUACUGUGAGCAGAAUUAAAAAAAUCAAAGAUGAGCACUUCCAGAUGGCUCCGGAGAUUGACUUUGGGUUUUUUGACACCCCCGUUGAUGGUCUCACUUCUGUCUUAGUUCACCUGAGCUAUUUGCAAUUGAGGCUGCAAGUGCCACCAGCUCAGCACCUGCAGCAAGUACAAGUAGACUUGGACACUCUUCUCAGCACACUUGAGGGACUGGCCAUAUCACAGGGAUGUCUCCUUUCCAACACUGAGACCCCGGUGCACAAAGCUGAAACAUCCUACCCCUUCACCUCCAACUACUUAUACCUCCUGGAGCUCCAGAGUUACCUGGAGAAGCUCUGCGUGAACAUGGACAAGCUAAAAUGGUGCAAAAAUACAGAUAAGCCUGACACUUUUAUAUUAUGAAAUAAGUAAGCCAUGUAUAAGUACUUCUAUGCAUCAUACUCAAAGAAACACACACACACACACACACACACACACACACACACACAAGGACUAGUUCUCUAAAUUAUUUGUUAACUUAUUAGACUAUUAGAAUUUUCCUAUUUGCACUGUUAAUACUAGAGUAGUUUCUUACUCUACAACUUAAAAUAUUUCCUUAGAUACAAGAGCAUUCCAUUUUCUAAGCUAUAUUUUAGCAUUUUGACACAUGCCGUUUUGUAUUUCAGAAACCUUUUUUUGGAAUAAAUGAAGGUUGUAGCACUGAGAAAGUUUGGACUUGUAUGUUGCAUUUUACUGUGUGUAUUGGACAUAAAUACAGAAGGAUUGUGUUAAUGCAUUGUAAACUUUGAAAAUGUUUUGAGCAUCUU